UAAAACGAGCCCUCUCUUCUGCUGCUGCUGCUGCAGCUGUCCGUAAUAGAAGACCAAAAGGAGGCGAGGAAGAGGAAAGGCAAAUAGAGCAGGCGAAAGCACAGAAAGGCUUUGCCGUCUCCUCCAAGCCAUCAUGAGGCAGAAGAAGAAGUCCCGGUGGGCCGCCGACCUCUCCCUCUCCCCUCCUUCCUCGUCCUCGGCCUCGGCCUCCUCCUCCUCCUCAUCGUCAUCCGGCGACGGCGGACGCGACGCCGGUGAGAAGGGAGGCGACGAUCGCCUCACUGAGCUCCCCGACACCGUCCGACUCCACAUCCUCUCCCUCCUCCCCCUCAAGUACGCCAUCCGCACCGGCGCGCUCUCCUCCCGGUGGCGUGCCCUCUGGCGCCUCCGCUGGCCCCACCCCGCCGCCCUCGAAUUCUCCCCGCCCACCGACCUCGGGGACUCCGCCUCCGAUGAAUUCGUCGCGGGCGUCGACCGAUGCCUCUCCGCGCGGGGCCUCGGCCGCCGGAUCGACGCCCUCUUCGUCGCUCUCCCCCCGGGCCGCCGCUACGACGCCGACAUCAAGCGCUGGCUCGAGUACGCUGCCUCUUGCGGCGUCGAGGACCUCAGCCUCGUCGUCUCGCCCCUCUCCCUCGCCGCCACUUCCGCCCGCCCCGGGCGGCGCGCCAGAAGGAACGAUCGCGCUGCCGUCUCCUCCGCCUUCUUCUUCUCUAUCUCUGAGUGUUCCAGUCUCGCCCGGCUAACGAUCUCUGGGCUCCACCUCUCGAGUCCCAGCGCCAACAUCAAGCGGCUCUCCUCCCUGGAGGUCCUCAGUCUCCAAGCGGCGCAUGUCACCGACGCCGCUCUGAGGAGGAUCAUCGCCGCUUGUCCCUUCCUUCGGUCGCUCGAUCUCUGUCUCUGCCGCAAGCUCCGGCGGAUCAUGAUCACGGCCGCCAGCAGCCGUCUCACCAGCCUCACCAUCGUCGGCUGUGUGAGGGCCUUGGAGGUCACGAUCUCGUCUGCCGGCCUCCGACGCUUCCGAUUCAGUGGAAAUUACCUCACAACCUACUCGUUCGAUAGCCCCAGCAGACUAGAGGACGUGUACAUCAGCUCAGGCAGCCCUGUGUCGAGCCUACCUCGGAGCAAUUGGGUGAAGGCACUCGGCGAACUCUCCAACGUCAAGGUCUUGACCCUUUGCAAUCUUUCGCUUCAGUACAUUGUGGCUGAAGGUGUGAAAGCAAUCGGGGAAUUCAGGAACUUUAGAAACUUGAGAGAGUUGCAACUGCUGAUGGGUAUGAUGACUGAUGACAAUCUAAUGGACAUCUAUGGCUUCUUUAGGCUUUGCCAAUGCCCUAGAUUGGAGAAACUGUUCAUAGAGCUUCCAACCAACAUGGGUGAUCCUUUCAUUGAGAAAUAUUUGGUGGUAUCGGAGGAGGAGCCUCCAGAGGUUGAUUUUGAGUACCUUAAGAUGAUAAAGAUCAAUAGCUUCAAGGGUCACAGCAAUGAGAUAUGCUUGGUGAAAUUUUUACUGGGGAAGGCUGGUUCUCUUGAGUCUUUAGUGAUGAUCUCUCCCAAGGAACUCAUAGGAGAGCAGCACAACAAAAAUAUAUUGGACGGCUGUCCUGAUUUCUUGCAUUUUCUUCAGUCGCAAUUGUUGAGCUUCACGAGGGCAUCAGUUGGUGCACAGAUAAUUUUGAGUGAGCAUGAUGAUAACAAGUUCAGCCCUACCCACUGGGAAGUCUACUCUAAAGUCUAACUCACCGCAAGGAGAGUUAUAAUAGAGGUUUUACUUCAUCAUUUCCCCUUGAAGCAGGUCUAUUUCGUUACUACUUGUUGUCAUAAUCUUGUACAACUUAGAAAAGCAAAUCACUGAAUCCAAAUUUGGUCACUGUUGUAUUAUGUGUAAAGGAAUAUUCUUUCAACUGCCUAGAUAUAUGUAUAUGACAUGAAAUCAUGGUUUCAUAACUCUCAUCCUAUUCCUGAUUAUCUUUUGGUUAUAAAGGAAGUUGUACAUAAAAUUUUACUCCUCUCUGCACUUAUAAUCUUGAAAAGCUUGGUACCA